GUCUCUUUCUCUCUCCCCUCUCUAGCAAUUACACCUCUUUUGCCCUCCAUUAAAUGCAAUUGCACCCUCUCAAUACGCUCUGCAAUUACUCUUCGCUGCCACAUUUUCCUCCAUCUGUUCCCCACUUCUCUCUCUCCUUCAAUGCCCUUGUCCCUCUCUCUUCUUCUUCUUCUUCUUCUUCUCACUUUCUCUCUGUAACACCUUCUCUUCAUGAUAUAGCUUCUUCACCUUUUUUUUCUUUCUUUUCUUUGUUACCAUAUAUAAGUAAACUAGAUUCCAUAACUGUCCCAAGCCCUUCCUUCAAAAGGGUCCUCUCUUUUCAACCCAAAACAGAUCUACACCUUCAUCUUCCACCACCACUCUCACUGAAUCCAAGGGCUCAACCUCUUUUAGCUUUUUCUCUAUCCAAGAACCUCUUAAGAGAGAGAAAGAAUAAGAGAAAGAGAAAGUGAGAGAGCCAAUUCUACAUUUGUUGGUGGUGGUUUUUGAGGCAUGUGAAAUAUGCAAGCCGGUAUUAUGAUGAUUCCGGCGAGAAACAUGCCUUCGAUGAUAGCAAGAAACAACAACGUUGUAGGGUUUUUUGGAUCAUCUGCACUUUUCACUCUUGCCCAGAUUGAGAAACUAUAAGCCUCUCCGGAACCUUAAAAGAUCUAUAGCAAUAAUAAUGUUCCAGCCGAACCUGAUGGACGCGUUGGAGAUGGGUCAGAACACUUCCGAGAGUGAGGUUCCUCGAAUCCUUGAAGACGAGUUCGACAGUGCCACCAAGUCCGGUAGUGAAAACCAUGAAGGUGCCUCUGGUGAAGACCAAGACCCUCGUCCCAACAAAAAGAAGCGUUACCACCGCCACACCCAACACCAGAUCCAAGAAAUGGAAGCUUUUUUCAAGGAGUGUCCGCACCCAGAUGACAAGCAAAGGAAGGAACUGAGCAGGGAGUUAGGGUUAGAGCCAUUGCAGGUUAAGUUUUGGUUUCAGAACAAGCGUACUCAGAUGAAGACACAGCACGAGCGGCAUGAGAAUACAAAUCUCAGAACCGAAAACGAGAAGCUUCGAGCAGAUAAUAUGAGGUAUAGGGAGGCUCUUAGCAAUGCUUCGUGUCCUAAUUGUGGUGGACCAACCGCUAUAGGAGAAAUGUCAUUCGAUGAACAUCACUUGAGGCUUGAAAACGCAAGGCUAAGAGAAGAGAUUGAUCGCAUCUCAGCAAUUGCUGCAAAGUAUGUAGGGAAGCCAGUGGUGAACUAUUCAAAUAUUUCUCCUUCUCUCCCUCCUCGUCCGUUAGAACUAGGGGUUGGUGGUGCUGGUUUUGGAGGCCAACCAGGGAUUGGUGUGGACAUGUAUGGAGCUGGGGAUCUUCUUAGGUCAAUUAGUGGACCCACUGAAGCUGAUAAGCCAAUAAUCAUAGAGCUAGCUGUUGCAGCUAUGGAGGAGCUCAUUGGGAUGGCACAAAUGGGUGAGCCUCUUUGGUUAACUACCCUUGAUGGCACAUCCACUAUGCUCAAUGAGGAUGAGUACAUUAGGUCUUUUCCUCGAGGGAUUGGUCCAAAACCUAGUGGCUUCAAAUGUGAAGCUUCAAGAGAAACUGCUGUUGUUAUCAUGAACCAUGUCAACCUCGUUGAGAUUCUCAUGGAUGUGAACCAAUGGUCCACAGUGUUCUCUGGUAUAGUCUCAAGAGCCAUGACUCUGGAAGUUCUAUCAACAGGGGUGGCUGGGAACUACAAUGGUGCCUUACAAGUGAUGACAGCAGAACUACAACUACCUACACCACUUGUGCCAACUCGCGAGAGUUAUUUUGUGAGGUAUUGUAAGCAACAUGCAGAUGGGACUUGGGCAGUUGUGGAUGUUUCUUUGGAUAAUUUGCGCCCAGGUCCUUCAGCCAGAUGUAGAAGAAGGCCUUCUGGUUGCUUAAUUCAAGAAAUGCCAAAUGGCUAUUCAAAGGUCACAUGGGUUGAGCAUGUAGAAGUGGAUGAUAGAGGUGUUCACAAUCUUUACAAGCAGCUUGUUAGCUCUGGACAUGCAUUUGGUGCAAAACGUUGGGUUGCAACCUUAGAUCGACAAUGUGAAAGACUCGCUAGUGCCAUGGCAACAAACAUUCCCACUGUAGAUGUUGGCGUGAUAACAAACCAAGACGGGAGAAAGAGCAUGAUGAAGCUGGCUGAAAGAAUGGUGAUAAGCUUUUGUGCUGGAGUGAGUGCUUCCACUGCUCACACAUGGACAACACUCUCUGGGACCGGUGCUGAUGAUGUAAGGGUUAUGACCAGAAAGAGUGUGGAUGACCCUGGAAGACCCCCUGGCAUAGUUCUCAGUGCUGCCACUUCUUUUUGGCUUCCUGUUCCACCUAAACGAGUCUUUGACUUCCUCCGUGACGAAAACUCUAGGAAUGAGUGGGACAUUCUUUCCAAUGGAGGAGUUGUCCAAGAAAUGGCACACAUUGCAAACGGAAGAGACACAGGAAACUGUGUAUCUCUACUUCGAGUAAAUAGUGCAAAUUCGAGCCAGAGCAACAUGUUGAUAUUACAAGAGAGUUGCACCAAUUCAACAGGCUCUUUUGUCAUUUAUGCUCCGGUGGACAUUGUUGCAAUGAAUGUGGUUCUAAAUGGUGGAGACCCAGAUUACGUGGCACUUCUUCCUUCAGGGUUUGCUAUUCUCCCUGAUGGAACCACAUCGCAUAAUGGAAGUGGUGGCAUUGGCGAAACUGGCCCUAGUGGUUCUCUCUUAACCGUUGCGUUUCAAAUAUUGGUGGAUUCUGUUCCAACCGCGAAGCUUUCUCUUGGAUCUGUGGCCACUGUGAACAAUCUCAUUGCAUGCACUGUUGAGAGAAUCAAGGCUUCUUUGUCUGGUGAACCUGCUUGAUCAGAGCUUCAAGACUUUUGGAUUCUGCGUUGCAGUUUACAAGAAGGAUCAACGGGACGCAUUGCAUUGUGGAAAAUUAAAAAGUUGGUGUUGAACCUCGGCUUAUAUUACAAAGACGGGGAGAAGUCAAGAGCGCACCUUGCAUGAUUCCUUCUCAGUGCCCCAAAAGAGUUCUGAGAGGAUUAAGGUUCGGGAAUUGACUUCCCUAGCUAGAUAUAGUAAACGUUAAGAGCACAUUUUAAGAUCUUGCUACCCUUUACCAUUUCCAAGACUAAAAUAUAUAUAUAGCUAGCUAGGAUUAACCUUUUGAGUAACUAGGGUUUAACAUUAAUGUAAAACUCUUGUCUUUUUCAAUAUCUGAUUUUGUGUGAUUUAGAAGUAGUAGCACCGGCACUAGUUGGUGGGAAAA